AAAUCUAAUUCCACAACAGUUAUGAUGUAGAUUGUAGACAGCACUUCCCCAAAUUUCGUAAUAACUCAUUCAUAAAGUCGGAUCCUUGAAUGGUCAAAACAUUAUACUACGCAGGAUAUACUCCUAUAAAUAUAUCUAUAAGUUGUUAUCAUUUCAUUUAUUUGUGUAUUUGAUGUGAAAUACUGAAUCAUCUAUAAAUUGUAUUAGCACAUUAUGUGCUUCCGUAUUCAGGAAAAAAGAAUGAUUCAUGUGACAGGUUGAUAAUUGAUUCUUAAUUACAUACUUCUUUUCUGAUAUACUAUCUGUGGAAUGAGUACUGCAAUCUUAAGUUUUAUGCAUCCAAUAUUUGGAAGUGAGCAUGUUUCGAUAUCAAAAAUAUUGCGAGAUUUGAUUAUUAGUUGAAUAAAUUUACUUGAUAAGAAUUUUAAGAAAUAUAAAUAAGGAACUCACAUAACUGAUGUAAAUGAGUAUAAAAUUAAUGAUCUAUUAUUAAAAAUAGUUAGGAUUGAUAGAGUAGUGCAAUAUGAAAUUAAAAACUUUAUGCGCGUGCAAAAAGAGGAAGUGAUUAAAUCUCAUGGUCGCACUUUCUAUGACAAAUCCCUCAUUUAUUCUGUAGAUUUUCUUCCACUAGACCUCUGCUGUCAGUCCAUGCCUGCUGCCCAGCAAUGGCCAUCAUAACUGAGGAGCCACAAUCACCACCGCAGCUCCGCCACCGCAAAUCCAAUCCAAAACCACACAACCCCGCCUCGCCGCCCUCCACAUCAACACCAUCCAAAUCCGCAGAAACCACCGUGAACCCAUUUCACUUCUGGUUCUACUUCACCCUCCUCGUCUCCCUAAUCACCCUCUCCUGCGUCCUCAUCUCCUCCUCCCUCUCCCAUCAAGACCCCAAGACUUGGUUCCUCAGCCUCCCCCCACUCCUCCGCCGCCACUACUCCAAUGGCCGCACCCUCAAGGUCCAAACAGCUCUCAAUCACCCCCAAGUUGAAGUCUUUUCCAUCCAGCAAGGCUCUAUCGACGCAGACAGCCGCGUCCUCAUCGUCCACGGCGCAGGUUGUAGCUCCUUCUCUUUUCAAGAUGUUGUUAGGGAAUUAGGCAGUAGGAAGAAUGUGCGCGCUGUAGCGAUUGAUCUCCCGGGAUCCGGUUUCUCGGAUAAGUCGGUUGUUGUGAUGGAGGAGAGUUUAGGUGGGAGUGAUCCAAUUAGCAAGAUGCGGGAUGUAUAUCAGGAGAUUAGGGAAAAAGGCUUAUUUUGGGGAUUUGAUCAGCUUGUUGAGCAAGGGUAUGUGGAGAAUGAGGUGAAGGUUGUGAAGAGGGAGAGAGUUAAACCUAUAGAAUUGGGGAGUGAAGAAAUGGGGAGAGUUUUAGGGCAAGUGGUGGAUUCGAUGGACCUGGCUCCUGUGGAUUUGGUGUUGCACGAUUCCGCAUUAGGGUUGAGUGCCAACUGGAUAUCCGAGAAUCAUGGAUUGAUUAGGAGUGUGGUUGUUCUUGAUGGUGCUCGUAGUGGGAUGGCGUUGCCUCUUUGGGCUGUGGGUGUACCUGUGGUGAGGGAAAUUGUGUUGGGAUUUAGAUUUGUGUUCGAGAUGGUUCUUGGAAAGUGUUGUGUGAAGUCAGUUGUUGCAGCGGAGGCUGAAGCACAUAGGGUUCUGUUGAAGGGGAGGGAUGGGGCAAGUGCUGUGGUUGGGAUGGGGAAGAAGCUGAAUUGUAGCUUUGAUUUGUCUGAAUGGAGUAGUCGGGAUAGUGUUAGAGGACUUCCGUUCCAAGUGAUUUGGUCUGGUGGCUGGUCUGAUGAAUGGACCUCUGAGGGGCGGCAAAUGGCUGAUGCUCUUCUUCAGGCUAAAUUUGUUACUCAUUCUGGUGGGCGAUGGAUGCAGGAACAUAAUUCGGAGGAGGUAGCUGAGAGCAUCUACGAGUUUGUGUCCUCGUUACCAAAACCAUCCAGAGAAGUCGUAGAAGAAACGAUCCCUAAUCAUUCCCAGGACAAGUAUACUGCUAAAAACGACCACCAACACGACCAAGGCCACGGGCACGGUCACAGCCACCAUGGUCAUGCACACGGGCUUGGCCACCACGAGCAUGCUGGUUACAUGGAUUCAUAUGGUAUGGGGCAUGGAUAUGGCAUGUGAUUUCAUUUUGUUGGUCUCAUUCAUGCUCCCCCAAUAGUGGCAUUUUGGACAGAAUGAUCUUUGUAGCAUUUGUGUUUGUUGUAAUUUUAGUAAAAUUGGCCUAUAAAUUAUUCAUUUUCUUGUUUUAUACAUUUUGCAUCUUUUUUGUGGGUCUCAA